UGAGAUAGCCACUGAGCAAAGGAAAAGCGCUGUGUGGAAGAGUGGCGAUGCCAAGCCAGCGUAAACGCUAGCGCCAUUGUCACGCUAGCCGUCAGAGCUUUGCUUUCUUUCCAAGCUCUCACACUUGCCAUUUCACGCUCACACUCGUUCUCCUCCGCUGUUCGACAACCACUGAUAUGAAUUUGUCGCUUCUCGACCCCUUCUCUCUCGCUCAGGAUUACCCAGAAUCUCUGAUUUCCGAGCUACGAGCUGGACAUUCUACCUGUAUUCGGUUCAACCGUAAAGGGGACCUCCUAGCAUCUGGCAGGAUUGACGGUGCAAUUGUCCUAUUCGAUGUCGAAACGAACAGUCUGGCGCGUAUCCUGCGCGGUCACCAGCGACAGGUCCAAUACUUCUCGUGGUCGCCAUGCGGCCGGUACCUUCUUAGCUGCUCGCAGGACUUCCGCGUGAUCCGUUGGGAUCUGACGAAGUCUGGUCUCGAAGCUUCCCGUACGGUGCGCUUCCAGGCACCUGUGUACUGUGCUGAAUUCCACCCCAAGAACCUCGGCAUGUUCUGUUGCGCUCUCUACGAAGAAGUACCAUACCUUGUUGAUAUCACCACCGAGAAUACGCUCAAACUUCCUCUACCGACGAGUCCCAAGCGCGCCGCGAUCUCCGAUACCGAAGCAACCGAGAAACGCGCAGUGCAAGACGCGAAGCAGUUGACUACAGCGUCGGUAUUUACCUCGACCGGUGACUUUGUCAUCACAGGCACCAGCAAGGGGUGGAUCAACAUUAUCUCGACGGCUACGCAAGAGACCGUGUACUCUAUGCGUCCGACCAACGGCUGCAUCACCUACCUUCGCCUCACAUUAUCGGGCCGUAACAUGGUACUCAAUUCAAGCGACCGCAUAAUCCGUUCCAUUGUGCUCCCCGACACCCUCGUCCCCGACGAACUGAAACUUAUAGUCGAACACAAAUUCCAGGACGUGGUGAACCGGCUACUCUGGAACCAUGUCACCUUCUCGGGAGAUGGCGAGUACGUGGCCGCCUCCACUUACCACAACCACGACAUUUACAUCUGGGAGCGGUCGCAGGGCUCUCUCAUCAAGAUCCUAGAGGGUCCAAAGGAAGAGCUCGGCGUGUGUGAGUGGCAUCCUACGCGUCCCGUCGUCGCCGCGGUAGGACUUGAGACUGGCAGAAUCUACAUCUGGGCCACCACUAACCCACAGCGCUGGUCCGCGCUAGCCCCUGACUUUGCAGAGGUGGAGGAAAACGUUGAGUAUGAAGAGCGUGAAGACGAGUUUGACAUCCAGCCCGUUGAGGACGUCAAGAAGCGCCGGCUGCACCUGGAGACGGAGGAGGUGGACGUAGUGACCAUUGAGCCUGUGAGAGGCGAGGACGUCGGCGGUUGGCAGAUGCCCGUCAGUCUCGAAGAGGAGGAGACUGAAAGUGAGGAGGAAAACGUCAGGAUCGAAGGUCCCAGGCGGAAGAAAAGUCCUGAGCCUAAGAAAAAGAAAAAGAAGCGCAGGCUGGUGCUUCACGAUGAAGAUAGUUAGACGGAUUGGGAGCUUGGGAAAGUCAUUAUCAAAUUUAGCGGUUUAUAAGGGCGUUCGUGGUUGGCGUAAUCGAUGCUUUUUG